GAAGUCGGAACUACCAACAUAAUCAGUGCGUCCACCAUUUUUACGCAGCUGAUGUUUGUUUGAGAUAAAAUAAUUUAGAAUUCUUUCUAAAUAAAAUCUCAAAAUGGGUGCUUCUUUCAUCCCCAUCACUGUAUUCACUGUCCUGUGGGGCAUUGUGGGUAUUGUAUGCCCAUUCUUCGCCCCUAAAGGCCCAAACAGAGGGAUUAUCCAGGUGGUUUUGAUGUUAACUGCCGCCACAUGCUGGUUAUUCUGGCUGUGUGCGUAUAUGGCGCAAAUGAACCCCCUGAUUGGACCCAGACUUAACAACGAAACACUUAUCUGGAUGGCAAAUACCUGGGGCAACAAAAUGGGCAAGUAAAGUUCGCAGAGUGCACCCACCUCCCUCUAGCGUUAAGUGUUGAACGUUCUGUGUCGAAUUAUAUAUUAAAACAUGCUAUUUAACUAUUUAUUGUAAAAUACUAUCAAUAUAAAAAUAAACGUACCUUUCUCAAACGACAACACUCAAAAAAGGUUGCAUAUUGACAGUAUUACCUCAUUUAAAAAGUUGCUGGUUUUGUCUAUGGUGGUGACGUCAGUCCUUUUCCCGCUAAAGAAUUGUUAUCAUUCCAAUAAAAUGAUUGCUGUAUUAUAUUUAGUAAUUCUGUAAACUACGUGUGUAUAAAUUUUCUUUAAUUUUAUUGUAGAUAAAUACAUUUAUUUCAGGUUAA